UCAACCAAAUGUCAACAACACAAGUGAACGAUUAACUAACGUCAACAAUUCAUUAAUAGUUAUAAUAGCAACAACUAAAUUGCAUUUAGGAAUUAUAAUUAUAAUUAUACAAAAUAAUUUUCAAUUCAAUAAAUGAAAUGAACUAAUCUCUUAGGGGAUAAGUUUCUUUAGUAAAUAUAAAAUCACUCGGAUUUUAGGUUAUCUAUUUGCAACUAGCUCUUACUUUAAAUACCGGAUGAAUAAUAAUUGGAAUCGCAAUCAAAUGAGGGGUGGAAAUAAUAGGGGUCGAGGUCAUGGUCGAGGUAGAGGAUCCGGCGGAUUUUGGCCUCAAAGAGGCUUUCGAGGUUCUAAUUGGCGUGGAUACAAUCGGGGCGGCGCCAGGCAAAAUUAUGAGGACAGAAAAUUUAAUCAGUGGACUCAGAAACCAAAGCGUGAUGGGCCAACCAAAAAGCUCUCAGAACAAGAUAUUGGAGUUACGGAGUAUUUAAGUGACCAUGAGGGUUUUAAUGGCAUUAUUAAAUCUAGAUUUGCAGAUUUUCAAGUAUCUGAAAUUAAUGAGAAAGGUGAAAUUGCGAAGCUCACUGAUUUGUCUGCACCUGAGCCACCAGUAGAUGAGGAUGUAGUGGAUGAUGAGGACCUGAUUAUUAAUAAGUAUAAUUUAGAGAUCCUGCCCAUGGAAACUUGGGACAAUAUUAAUAAGGUGGCUAUAUCUCCUGAAAAAAUUGCACCAGUAAAAGUGGAUGUUACCGGCAUGUCAAAAGAGGAAAGAACUAAGAUACAUGAUGCAGUUAAGAAAGCUUUUGGUGAAUGCAUUGUUGGUAGCACUAUUACUGAGGAUGAAAAGAAGUUUGUUAUCUUUGAAAAGUAUAGGAAAGGAGUGCGUGUAGACAACAGAGUGAAGUGGGUGUGGCCGGGAGAAUAUGUCCGCUUCAUAGUAUAUAAAGAAAACUGUGACACUAUGGAAGCUGCACAACGCAUUGCAGAACGGUUGAGAUUAAAUAUAAAGCCAUCCAUGGUCGGUUACGCCGGUACCAAAGAUAGAAGAGCGAAGACCUCCCAAUGGUUCAGUCUGCGUAAAGUAGAUCCUAGGAAAAUCGUCAAUGCGUGUAAGGACUUGAGGGAUAUCCGAGUCGGGAACUUCAGCUUCAGCAAUGAUAACCUUAAAUUGGGAAUGUUAAAGGGAAAUGUGUUCCGUAUAUGUCUCCGAAACGUAAAGGCGUCAGAUGAAUGUAUCGACAAUGCAUGCACAUUGCUACAAACAAAUGGUUUCAUAAACUACUACGGACUGCAGAGGUUCGGUUCUCGUAUCGAUAUGCCGACUUACGAGAUAGGAAAGAAACUGUUACAGGGGAAUUUUCAGGAAGCUAUCGAGUGCAUGCUGUCGGAUUGCCAGGACGUGUUGUCGACGUACCGCGCGGAAGGAGCGCGCGCCGCGCUCGCGAGAGUGUCGCGCAACGCCGGGAACGAGGCGAGAGUGUUGCGCGCGCUGUCGCUGCGCCCACACGACCUGCUCGGCGCGCUGGACAAGGUCGCGCGCAACGCGAGACUGCUGUACAUCCAUUCGUACCAGUCGUUGAUCUGGAACCGCGUGGUGUCGGAGCGCCUGCGCCGCGCCGGCCGCUCGGCCGCCGUCGGAGACCUCGUGCCGGAACCCGGGCACGACGACGAGGCAAUGGUGGAAGAAACUGAUAAUGAUGAUAAUCAAAUGGAUCUACAAAAUGACGAAAUAUCAGAUGAUAACGUGACGGCCACAAAUAAUGCACAAAAACCUGCAGAAAAAACAGAUACAUUCACUAAAAAGCUUAUGCCAGUAAAGGUUUUAACUCAAGAGGACAUUGACAGCGGGAAAUACACGAUAUUUGACAUCGUGCUACCUCUACCCGGGUAUAGUGUUGAAUAUCCACCCAACAUGAUAGAUUACUACAAGGAGCUACUUGAGAAAGAUGGAUUAAAGCUUGACAUGAGACACAAAUAUAAGGCCUACAGCAUGUGCGGCGGGUACCGGCGCUGCACGCUGCGGCCGCUCGCGCUGGAGUGGCGGCGCGCGCACUACGCGCACCCCGCGCACGACCUGCUGCUGUCCGACCGCGACCUGCUCGACGGUCGCACCGCGCCCGCCGGCGGCGGUAAAUACAAAGCUCUGCUCCUAACUAUGACGCUACCCACGAGUUGUUACGCCACGAUGGCUCUCAGAGAAUUACUGAGAGUGGACACAUCGAGUGACAGCCAAGCGUUGCAGAAUAAUUACCAUGAAGAGGGCGAUAAAAAUAGUAAUGAUAAUAAAGAACCUGAAGCUCAUGAAAACGUUAGCUUAGGAGACAAAAGAAAAAUUGAUGAUGAUGAAGAUCUCGAUGAAGAUAUAGUUAAGAAAACUAAACAAAAUGGUGAUGAAUAAAUAUUUAA